AUGGCUUCAUCCCGGAGUAGAUGCAGAUCGGAGAUGAUUGUGGUCUCUGGAUGCCUUCUUGUGUUGGUCUUAAGAUUUCGACCUGUGUUGGCGCGGGUGUGCAACGAUAAUGCUGGGCACAACCUGGAGAAAGCCUGGUACACGAAAGACGGCGAAGCAUUGCCUAUCAUGGUCCUGAUGCCUAUGAAUGAAUCAGCGCUUAGGAGCAGCAUCAGUCAAGGAAUCGACCGUGCUGUCCAGCUCGCCAUUCAGCACAUACGAGAGUCCAAGCUAUACUCUUUCUCCCUAAUCCCAAAAAUCUACGACACUGAGUGUGACAAUGCCAAAGGGCUGAGAGCCUUCUUUGAUGCUAUCUGCUUUGGUCCGAAACACCUGAUGAUCUUUGGAGGGGUGUGUCCUUCUGUGACUUCCAUAAUUGCAGAGUCUUUAGAGGGCUGGAACCUUGUGCAGCUAUCCUUCGCUGCAACCACACCUGUUCUGGCUGACAAGAAGAAGUACCCCAAUUUCUUUCGGACUGUGCCAUCAGACAACGCUGUCAAUCCAGCUGUGGUGAAGUUCCUCAACCACUACAACUGGACCCGGGUUGGAACUCUGACCCAGGAUGUGCAGCGGUUUUCUGAGGUGAGGAAUGAUCUGACCAAUGAGCUGGAGAAGGCUGAUAUCCAGAUUGCUGACACACAGAGCUUUUCCAAUGACCCCUGCGUCAAUGUUAAGAACCUGAAGGACAACGAUGUGCGAAUAAUUAUCGGGCAGUUUGAUGAGAACUUGGCCUCCAAAGUGUUUUGCUGUGCCUACAACCUUAACAUGUUUGGCAGUAAGUACCAGUGGAUCAUCCCUGGCUGGUACCAGGAGAACUGGUGGGAUAAGGCCAACGCCACCAACUGCACAGCCAAGAAACUUCUGACAGCCAUGGAGGGCUACAUCAGUGUGGACUUUGAGCCGCUCAGCACCAGGCAGUUAAAGGGAAUCUCUGGAAGGACGCCUCAGGAGUAUGAGAGAGAGUACAAUAGACAGCGGAUGAAGAAAGGGGUGGACUCCAGCAAAUUUCAUGGAUUCGCUUACGAUGGGAUUUGGGUCAUCGCCAGGACUUUGACCCGGGUCAGGGAGAUACUGAGGCACAGGGAGAGGCACAGUCUCCACCGAAACUUCACAGCUGAUGACAGGGAUGUUGGACGACUGGUCCAUGAUGUCAUGAAUGAGACAAAUUUCUUGGGAGUGACGGGUCAAGUUAUGUUCCGAAAUGGUGAACGGAUGGGAACUAUCAAGUUUACACAAUUUCAAGAGGGUCAGGAGGUGAAAGUGGGAGAAUACAAUGCUAUCGCUGAUGUGUUGGAACUCAUCAACAACUCAAUCAGGUUUCAAGGUAUGGAACCCCCAAAAGAUCGGACAAUUGUGCAUCUCCAGCGACGGCAGAUCAGUGUGCCACUGUACAGCAUCCUGUCUGUCAUCACAAUUCUGGGCAUGUUCAUGGCUAGCGCCUUCCUGUUCUUCAACAUCCAGAACCGUAACCACAGGCUGAUAAAGAUGUCCAGCCCUUACAUGAACAACCUCAUCAUCCUGGGAGGGAUGCUCUCUUACGCCUCCAUCUUCCUCUUCGGCCUCGACGGGUCCUUCGUCUCUGACAAGGUGUUUGAGACGCUGUGCACGGUCCGCACAUGGAUUCUUAUAGUGGGAUAUACAACAGCUUUUGGGGCAAUGUUCGCAAAGACCUGGAGAGUCCAUGCCAUCUUUAAGAAUGUGAAGAUGAAGAAAAAGAUCAUCAAAGACCAGAAGCUGCUGAUCAUUGUUGGUGGAAUGCUGCUGAUAGACCUCUGCAUUUUAAUCUGCUGGCAGAUUGUGGACCCACUGAAGAGAACAGUGGAAGAGUACAGUCUAGAGGCAGAUCCACAUGGACGUGACAUGGCGAUUCGUCCCUUUCUGGAGCACUGUGAAAACAUGCACAUGACCAUUUGGCUGGGCAUCGUCUACGCGUACAAAGGGCUCCUAAUGUUGUUUGGUUGCUUUUUGGCCUGGGAGACUCGCAAUGUAAGUAUCCCAGCACUGAACGACAGCAAGUACAUCGGCAUGAGCGUCUACAACGUGGGGAUCAUGUGCAUCAUCGGGGCGGCUGUCUCCUUCCUGACCCGGGACCAGCCCAACGUGCAGUUCUGCAUCGUGGCUCUGGUCAUCAUCUUCUGCAGCACCAUCACCCUGUGCUUGGUGUUUGUGCCGAAGCUGCUAACAAUGAGAACGAAUCCAGAUGCAGCCACUCAGAAUAGGAGGUUCCAGUUCACGCAGAACCAGAAGAAGGAGGACUCUAAGACCUCAGCCUCUGUGGCCAGUGUCAACCAGGCCAGCACAUCCCGACUGGACAGCCUGCAGGCUAACAACCAUCAACUCAGGAUGCGAAUAACGGAGCUUGACAAAGAGCUGGAGGAGGUGACAAUGCAGCUUCAGGACACACCUGAGAAGACCCCCUACGUCAGUCAGAGCCCGUACCAGGACACAAACAGCACCCCCAGCAUACGCAACGUCAGAGACAGCAAAGAAGAAGACAGAUCAAUGUUGAAAAAUCACCAUGAACAGAAGUGGGGCUCAGUGGACCCCUCCAGGACAAACAGGGGACCCCUGGAAGACAUUAACUCACCUGAGCACAUACAGCGGAGACUGUCCUUGCAGCUGCCAAUUUUACACCAUGCUUACCUCCCGUCGAUAGGGGGGGUGGAUGCCAGCUGUUCCAGCCCCACUGUCAGCCCUCUUGGUAGCCCCCGCCAUAGACGGGCACCCUUGUCCUAUGGAGUGAUGGUCUCAGGCCUGUGAGGACAACAAAACAGAACCUGCCUGAAUUUCGUUUUUUGUGGUAUUUGCUUUGUUUUUUAAAGUCAGACUGAUGUAGUCAGCGAUGGGGGUGGGGCACAGAAAAAGGAAUGACCCCUACUCCGCUCUCACCAUGUACAGAGAGGCUCUCAGCCCCAGAACACAUCCAUUAGGAGGGGCUGGCAAACCCUGCCCUCCCCAACCUCCUAAACUACUGGAGAGGGGGCCUGUGGGGUGCCUUUCUUGGCCUGCAGCCUUAUCGACUUCAAAGAGUUUUCCCCUUCUUUUUUUGAAUACUUCACCAUGUGCGAACCUGUCAAAAUACAAGAUUAUUUUACUGACAAUGCCUGGAUUAUGUUAUGGAUGGGAGGGACAAUUUCAGACCUGCUAGACUGUAUUAUUAAUAAAGGCACCCGUGUAAAGGAAAUAACCGUGGCAGAUAUUUAAAUAACAUACUUUUGGUCUUCAGAGUAAACUCUGAGUACAAAGUGACAGUUUGGGGGACAAGGGGCUGAAUACGUCAUGUUUGCAAGCAUGAAUGUGAGCGUGUGAUGUAACAACGAGAGCUUGUGUGACGUUGGUCUGAAUUUCAGUUGCUCCAUUAGUGUUAUGUGCAGGCUCAUGGCAUGGGUGAUGGCACACCAACAAAAAACAGUUCUUUAAACAAUAUGCACAACUGUUUUUCGUACAUUUACAAAAAUUAUUCUCAUAAAACAGGUGACAAAUUAUUACCAUAGAGGUUUCAUGACAGCUAAAUCAGUACAAGUUUACAGCUUCAACAACACAUCGGCUUCAGUGGAGGUCAGGAGACAUCUCUGGACACAUCACUUGAAAUUGAAUUCCUUCAUGAAAAUGAGGUUACAUCAGUGAAUAUUAGUGAGUUCACUGCCACUUAUUGAUUUACGUUUAUCACACCCAGACCCAAAAGACUCUAGAUGUUUGUAGAGUGAUAUGGUUUGUGGUUGUCAUGUGACCCAGGGGCACAAGCUAAGCUAAUCAAUGAAUCUCAAUCCCUUUCAUGAGAAUACUACUGUACUAUGCAUGCAAAUAAAAACCCUGUACACAAAGGCCGGAUUUAGCACACUUCAAAUGCUUGUUUUUUUAUCUGAGCGACUCACAAACUGUAUUAGAUAAAAGUUCAAAACAGAAAUGGAAUACGGUGUGGAAAUAUGCCUCUGUUGAACCUUUUAACCAACAUGAAUUAUUUUCUAAUAUUUGUUAUAGUGUGUGAUGGUGUUUACACUUCACAGAUCAUUUAAAUAUUGCCAAGUCAUCUGCAAGAGAGGGAAGCAAGGUUUUGCACCCAUUACCUUGAGUGGCAAGUAAGAUUGCUGACUGUACCUUUCUUAAUUACAGUAUAAUAAAAUAAGCUGCACUGGCUGCAUGCACCACAUACAGCUAUCCUCUGAUAAAGCUCACAAACCAGACUAUUAUCCUUCACUUUUCAAUGCACAAUCAUUAUUUCUGCAUAUCUUUCACCAUUAGUGUUUUGGUGCUUGUUUAAGGAAGGAUUCAUCAUAUCAAUAUAGGGUUUAUUCAGUGUGCUGAAAGUCUGGCCAGUUACCUUAUCAAGCUACAGUGAUUCUCAUUGGUGCCUAUUGUCCGACCAAAUAUCAUCUUGUCCAUUUAAAGUAGCAGGAUUUUUUUUUUUUAAAUAUCAGGUGAUAAAAACAAUGUUCCUGAAGCAAAGAGUUAUGUGUUUCCACAUUGAGUAGCCUGUUAAAGUGUAGAUAGUGCUAGACACCAGAGGAGUGAAUCAGAUAUCAGACCCCCCAGCCUCAGUGAAGGUUAUGGGUUCUCUCACAUUUUUAUAGGUGACAGGUUCUUUUGCUGUCACACUUUCCUACAUUUUCAGCCAUCAAACACAAAAGUCACAGAAACUUUUUACCGUUAAUCUGCCUCUUCUGUUCAAGAGGUCAUCAAGCAAUGUGAAUUCUCUCUGUACUUUAAUAUCAGUCACAGUAUUUUGUGCUGUGUCUCUGUGUAUGAGUGUGUUUGUGUGUGUGCGUGUGCAUGUGUGUGUGCGUGUGUGUGUUAGAAUGUUAGGAGAAAUGUAGAUUGCAGUUCCUUGCAUGUCUGAGUUUUCCUUUGGGGUGUCUCUAAUUCUGUUGUUUAUAAAAUUAAACAUGAGCAUUAUUUGCCCUUCAGUAUUUUUAUUUUUUAUUUUUUACUUCAGUCACAACAUUAAUUCAUGGGCAACACAAUAUCAAACUAGCCAAGACAGAGUUUUGAACACACAGCCCUGUGUGUUCACAGUCCAGUGUCCCAAUCACAGAUAUAUCAGUAUUGAUGCAUGCAUUUCCCAAGCAUUUGAGAACAUAAUUAAACCCUCCUAUUUUGGUAAAUGUGACAUGCCGAUGCUUUAAUGUAUUUUUAUGAAGGUUUUUAUUAUUUUAUUUUUUUUAUUUGUUUCUUUGUUGGGGGGGGCAGAGGUGUUUAUUGUUUAUGAAUAAAAUGUCCUCUCUGAAAUGUCUUCUCUAAAACAAAACAGUGUUAGUUCAAGGGCUUGUGAGUACUCAGAUAUGUCAUUUUCUGAUUUGCUACAUCUAGCCAGGGAUUUUUAUCUUUUUAACAAAAUGUUUAGUGAAUUAAAAGAAAAGCAUUGUUUCAAUAAACCUGGAGCACAUGUCUAGAUAUCACCAUCUAGGUGGCAUUGUGGGGAACUAGGUUUAAUAUAAUGGCUCCUGCACCCUGACUGGUACUUGCAACUCAUUCUUAUAUACAGUAUCUGUAUCUAUGUAUUGUAUAGUAGCGCUAGCAAUGAAGAGUUGUAUAACUAUAAAUAUUAAGAAGAAUCACAAAACAUUUGUAAACUCCAUUAAAGUCCAGUUUACCACUGUGUCCUAAUUUUGAGUCACAAUGUAAUGGACUGCCUUUAAUUUUCACAUUAUUGUUAAAUAAAAUUUUAAAAAUGUAAAAACA